UCAUCUUCAUCAUCAACAUCAUCGUCCACAUCAUCAUCAUCAUCAUCAUCUCAACAACAACAGCAAUUGAAUUCAAAGAAAGUAACAAUUGUACAAAGAUCACAAUCAUCUGUACAAGAUUCAAAAUUGUCUUCCAAUAUUCAAUCGACCAUAUUAUUGGAACCAAAAAAGAAGUCCAUUCGUUUUAAUCUAUUACAAGAAAAACAAGUAGAAGAAAAAAUGGCUUCACCUAGUCUUAGUUCUGGAUUUCAAACACCAUUGCCGCCAACUAUGCCAACACCAUCACCGGUAUCAUCACAAUUGAAUCAUCAUCAUCUUCAUCAGAAUAAUAACCAAAAUACAAGUGGUUCUUCAUUAUUCGAUACGAUUAAUGAUACAAAUAAUCUUGAUGGUAAUGAAAAUGAUUCCAGUAAAAAAUUACAAACAUUUAAAGCUAGAAGAAAAAAUUAUCGUCUUGAAAAGAAAAAAUUAACUGCUGAAUUGAUUUCGGCUAUCCAGGAUCCAACCACGAUUGUCAUGUCCGAUUGGUUAAAAGUCCGUACUACAUUGAAACAAUGGAACAAAUAUUACUGUGAAUUAAGACCUGGAUCUCUGUAUAUGUUUAAAAAUCAAAAAACUUAUAAACCCAGUAAUUGGGUUGGUACUGUGAUGUUGAAAAUGUGUGAAGUACUGGAACGACCAUCUAAAAAGGGUGGCUUUUGUUUUAAACUAUUCCAUCCUCUGGAUCAUCCAAUCUGGGCUCCCAAGGGUCCACAUGGUGAAGAAUUCACAUCAUUACUAUUUCCACUGCCUGUAUCAUCGGCUAUAUUCCGUGCACCAUCCGAAGAGGCUGGCCGAAAAUGGAUGGAAGCAAUUGAACUUUCAUUGAAUUGUACGGAUUUAAUUGCCCCAAGACAUAUCGUUUCUUCGAAUAUUAAUGCUAAUAUUAAUACAAUUGUCGACAAUGUUAAUCAACGUCGUGAUUCCAUGCCAAUGUCACCAUUGAGUACAUCAGUUAUUAGUACGAAUAGUGCACCGACAUCACAAACAACACAAAGUUUAAAUUAUAUCAAUUCCGUAGAUGAUGAUCUUUUAAUGUGCAACAACAAUAUCAAUGAAAUUGAUAUUGAAACUCAUUUCGACAUUGAUGAUGAUGGCCAUACUGAUCAUGGUGAACAUGACGAUUCAAUUGGUCAACAUACUACUGAAGAAAGUGAUGAUUCAAUAUUUCUCGAUGAUGAUUUUAAUCUAGCCGAUGUAAAUAGCACUAAUACCGGUGAUCAUCAUAAAUCAAUCAAACAAUCAUUGUCUAAUGAUCAUUCACUUAAAACUCAUAAUGACAUACCUGAAGUUGCCGAAACAAACUAUGCUUAUGAUGGCGGUAAUGAAGAAUUUGGUUUGGUUGGCGAUGCCGGUCAAACUGAAGAUGUUCCCGAAGAGAAUAAAUCACUUUUAUGGACAUUGCUCAAACAAGUUCGACCUGGAAUGGAUCUAUCAAAAGUGGUGUUGCCCACAUUUAUUUUAGAACCACGAUCAUUUUUGGAAAAACUUACCGAUUAUUAUUAUCAUUGUGAUAUUAUCUCAAAUGCCGCCUUAGAAGAUGAUCCAUUAAUGCGAAUGAAAUUGAUUCUCAAAUGGUAUUUAUCCGGUUUCUAUAAAAAACCCAAAGGAUUAAAAAAACCAUAUAAUCCUAUAUUGGGUGAAACAUUCCGAUGUUAUUGGCAUCAUCCAGAAACCGAUUCACGUACAUUCUAUAUUGCCGAACAAGUUUCACAUCAUCCGCCCGUAUCAGCUUUCUAUGUUACUAAUCGUAAAGAUGGCUUUUGCAUUAGUGGAUCAAUAUUGGCUAAAUCAAAAUUCUAUGGAAAUUCAAUUUCGGCUCUAUUGGAAGGAACGGCUCGGCUUACGUUGUUGGCUCGCGGUGAAGAUUAUCUGAUUACAUUCCCAUUUGCACAUUGCAAAGGCAUAUUCUUGGGGCCAUUAGCAUUUGAAUUGGGUGGUAAAGUGACAAUCACAUGUGAGAAGACUGGCUAUAAAAGUGAAUUGGAAUUCAAAUUGAAACCAUUCUUUGGUUCGGACGAUCAAUGUAAUUUACUAAUCGGCAAAGUUCGCUUAGGCAAUGAAACGAUGGCCAGUAUUGAAGGUCAUUGGGAUUCGGAGAUAUUUUACAAAGAUAAACGUAAAGGUGAAUCAGAAUUGUUCUGGUCAGGCAUCGAUCCUAAAGUGAAAAGUAAUCGUUUGAAGCGCUUUAUCGUACCACUCGACGAACAACUCGAUAAUGAAUCAGAAAAAUUAUGGCAUAAAGUAACAUUGGCCAUACAGAAACAGGAUCAGAAUAUGGCGACUGUUGAGAAAACAAAUCUAGAAGAAGCUCAACGCGAUGCAGCACGACAACGUAGCUCUCGAUUAGAAUUAUGGGAACCGAAAUUUUUUAUUUUGGAUAACAAAAUCAAUGAUUGGCUUUAUAGGAUGGCCGAAGUACGUCCUUGGGAUAAUAGAACUGAUGUCAAACAAUAUGAACAAAAUUAUGUGAUACUUACACUAACCAGGCAUUUGAAUCCAAAUUUCAUUGCCAGAUCAUCGAACAAAACAAAUGAACAAAUGACUGAUAUGAAUACAAAUGUUAAUGUCCAUAAACAUAGACGUUUCCGUCGUCAACAUACUUGUGCCGAUCCAACAUCCAUUGAUAUAAACGCGACCAAUAAAAUGGACUCGAUUCCAUCGGCAUUGGAUUCCCCACAAUUACUUGGGACAUCAUCUAGUAAUAGAUUUCUAACACGUAACUUUGAUACGAUGAUACAACGAUUAUCCAAACUACAAGAUUCGGUCGAACGUAUGAAAGAAGAACAAUCGGUACUUAGAACGGAAUUUCAGAAUCUUCGAUCAGCUGUCACUAUUUCCAAUCAAUUAUCACGAUCAUCAAGAGAUAUAAAAACAUUACAUAAUAAUAGUUCGAAUGAUGGAACAUUUGCCAUAACGAAAAUGCAAAUCCAUCUACUAUUCAAAUCGAUACCAUCCGAAAUACGUCUUGUUAUCAUUGUUCUUGUAGCUCAUUUCAUUUUCAAUUAUCUAUUCCAUUGACACUACGAGUGACCAAAAAACAAAAAAAAAUUUUCUUAAUAAUUAUUGUCCUCACUUGAAAAUGGUAAACAAAAAAAAAACACAUACACACAUUUUCACAUCUGGUCAUCUUUCGUAUCAUCACCAAUGUAAUCACAUAAAUUUCAUUAAGAAUUGUAAAUGAACUAGCUAAUAGUAGUCCUUUUUCAUCAUCAUAGAUUAAUUGAUCAUUGAUUUUUUUUUCUCAUAAAAUUGUUCACGUAA